AUGCCACAUACCGAACGCAUUGCUCUGCGCGAGUCGCCGCCGUCAUACGAUGGCGGCGCAGUAGGAAUAGCCCGAGACGCUGAUGCCAAUGUCGAUGUCGAGGUCGAGGUCGACGAACCCAGUCUUGACCAUGCUAAUCCGAGGCAGUGGGCAUCCAGGCGGCAGAAGGCUUGUGUUCUCGUGGGAUCUUCAAUUCUUCAGCUGCCAGUCUGGGGGUUUGCCAUGAAUUACGGCGUCUUCCAGGAAUACUACUCCGGCAACUGGACGCUGGAGGGGAGUCGUGAAACCACCGGUAUCAUUGGCACCACCUCCAACGGUGUCAUGUACCUGUCAAUGCCUUUCCUGUUCGCACUCUUCUCCCGACGAUGGGCCCGCCGACGGCAGCUCGCGGCGCUGUGCGGCGCGGUACUCAGCUGUGUCUCCUUCCUCUUGUCCUCAUUCAGCACCGACGUCUGGCAUUUAGUCGCGACACAGGGAGUCACGUCGGCGUUGGGGUGCGCUCUCAUCUACAGUCCAACCACGCUGUCCCUGGGGGAGUGGUUCAACACGGGAAACCGUGCUGUCGCGUAUGGGGUGGUCUUAUCCUGCAAGAACAUCGUCGGCUCGACCUGUCCGUUUAUCCUGCGCGCCCUGCUCGACCGUUACGGCUUUCGCAACACAUUGAGGAUCUGGACCGCCCUGGCAGCGGCGACCAGUAUCCUGGGCACAUUUAUGAUCCCGACCCCGCCGUCGACCGUUACCAUGGUCACCACCACCGCCACCAGCACCUCGAGUCCCCACCGGUCGCGCAGGAUUCCCUGGCAUUUCCUCCGCCACCGGACCUUUUACAUCUACAGCGUUGCCACCGUCCUACAGAGCUCCGGGUACGGCAUCCCGCAGACGUACUUGAGCACGUACGCGCACGAAGUCACGAAGCUAUCGCAGACCUCGGCCACGCUGUUGCUGACGCUCUUCAACCUCCCGGGGAUCGUCUCAUCCUCGUUCUUCGGCUACCUCAGCGACAACAAGCGGCUCCCACUCUCGGUCACGACCGUGACGGCCAUCUCGGCCGUCAGUUCGGCCCUGUCGGCGUUUCUGUUCUGGGGCCUGACCUCGCGGGGCGCCAUGGCCCUCCUGGUCCUGUUCUCGGUGACCUUUGGCUUCUUCGCCGGUGGUUACAGCGCCACCUGGGGCGGCGUCAUCAACGAGCUGGAGCGCGAGGCCGCGCAGCGCAACGAGGCCAUCGACUCGGGAAUGCUCUACGGCCUGCUCAACGGCGCAAGAGGCAUCGGCUACGUCGUCGGCGGUCUGGCCGGCGUGUCCCUCCUGAAAGCCGGAGCCGACGUGGCCGCCUCGGUGCCCGGUCCCGGCUACGAGACUUCCUACGGUCCUCUCAUCAUUUUCACUGGUCUCUGCACCGUGUUUGGCGGCUGGGGGGUGCUGUGGAAAAUACCCAAGCUGCUGCGCUUGGUGUGA